AUGGCUGCCGACAAGGCUUCGGCUGACGCCGACAAGAUCAGUGCCGUCCAAGCCAGUCCUGCUUCAGUCGCCAGUUCUCCAGCGAACUCAGCGGACCUCGACGACGACUAUCAUUUGUACAAGCGGAGUGAUGAUCAAGAGCUCGACCCUGCCGAAUCCAAAAAGGUGCUGCGCAAGCUCGAUGUGCGGAUAGUCCCUAUCCUCUUUCUCAUCUAUCUGCUGCAAUAUCUGGACAAGAAUGGCAUCAACUACGCCAGUGUGUAUGGUUUGCAAAAAGGCACGAAUCUCCAUGGCCAAGACUACUCCUGGCUGGGCUCGAUCUUCUAUUUCGGUUAUCUCUGGGCGCAGUAUCCGGCUGGAUAUUUGUUGCAAAGACUUCGGGUCGGGAAGGUGAUUGGGUUCACCACGAUCGCCUGGGGGAUCAUCCUGAUCACGACGCCGGCAUGUAGAAGUUUUGCCGGCAUCGCCGUCAACCGCUUUUUGCUCGGCUCGUUCGAGGCGGUGGUGAACCCGGGUUUCAUUCUCAUUAUGAGCAUCUGGUACACGUCGUUGGAGCAGCCCUUGAGACUGGAGGCAUAUUAUUGCACCAAUGGCAUUGCAACGAUGUUUGGAGGCUUGAUUGGCUAUGCUGUGGGCCAUAUCACAACCGGCCUCCCGCGCUGGAUGUAUGUCUUUAUCAUCUUCGGCAGCAUUAGCAUCGCCCUGGGCAUUCUCGCGCUCGUCAUGCUCCCGGACCUCCCGUCGACUGCGAAGUUCCUCACCGACGCGGAGAAAGUGAUUGCGGCGAAGCGUGUCUCCGCCAACCGUCAAGGCAUCAAGAACCGGCACUUCAAGUCCUACCAGAUGUGGCAGACGUUCAAGGAUCCCAAGACGUGGAUUUUGUUUGUGAUGGCCGUCGGUGCGCAAGUUCCAAAUUCGGCCAUCACGCAGUUUACAUCGCUGGUGAUCAAAUCAUUCAACGUCGACACCUUGGGGACGCAGUAUCUCCAGAUCCCUGGUGGCGCGGUCCAAUUCGUCGCCCUCCUCGGCGGAGGAGUUGUAUGCUCCAAGUGGCCGAAUCUCAGGUGCAUCACGAUGAUCGUGGCGAACACAAUCUGUAUUGUGGGUUCCGCGCUCCUCGUUGGUUUACCAGACAGCAACAAAUGGGGUCGGUUGGUCGGGCUGUGGUUGUGUUUCUUCCAAGGCCUGGGUUUCAGCAUGAGUUUGACCAUGGUCAGCUCCAAUAUUGCGGGCUAUACCAAGAAACAACUCACGGCAGCGAUCCUAUUCACCGGCUACUGCGUGGGAAACAUCAUCGGGCCGCAAACAUUCAAGUCGAGCGAGGCGCCGCGGUAUCAUUCCGCCUACGUGGCGAUGCUGGUCGGCUACACGAUCAAGUUAGUGGCGAUCGUUGUCUUGUAUGUUUACAUGUUCCUCGAGAACAAGAGGCGCGACCGCGAAGCUGCCGUGUCUGGUGUGGUGGAUCUCGACGAAGAGAAAGAGGCUAUCGAACGAGGAAUGCACGAUGUCACGGAGCUGGAUAACAAGGGAUUCAGAUACACGCUAUAA